AUGUAUCACGACCUCGAUGGCGACCUCAUGCGCGCAUGGACGAUCUUGAACGAACUUUCCGAGCAAAAUGCCAUGAACCAGAGGCUAGCCGUAACGCUCGCCGAGCAGGCCCACUCACUCAAAAAUGAGGCUAAGACCCUCGCGACCGGCAUCACGCUGCGAAGGGUGAACACGGACAUAUCCAAAGAGACGUUCGAGUCCGAACUAGAGCGACAGAACGCGCACAUCAUCAUAGAGAACCACACACUACUACAGGAGAACAAGCAGUUUUCUGCGUUGCUAGAGGAAUACGAGCAGACCAUGGAGACCGUUAUGUCAAAAUUCCGUGCACACUCAUCUGCCGCACAACAACACGAACUGUCGCUCACGCGACAUUACGAGGCCCUCAUGCAGUCCCUAGAUAGCUCCCUCGCCUCAACCGACCUCUCCCAUAACACCACCACGACACUGUCCCUCCACCGACUCGCACAAACACUUCGCGUCCUCCUACAGUCUCUGAACGGCGAGCCUUCCGAACUACAUCCACCACCCGACGAACCUACCUCCGCUAUCGCUGCCCCAUCCGACCCACUCGCCACGCUCCUCGACGCACGCGACGACUGGGCCCUCGAGCGCGAAACCGAAAUUUCGCGCCUAGAACGCGAAAACGAAGAACUCCGCCGCGCACUCGGCAUCGACCGCGCCUCCGCCGAGGCGAACGGCUGGCUCGCAGACGAGGCGCGCGAGCUCACCUUCCGGCGGUACAUCCCGACGACCUACCCGGGCCAGUACCGCACCGGCAGCCCCGCGGGCAUGCAGCGCCAGGGCAUCCCCGCGUUCGACGGCAUGGGCAUGAACAUGAACAUGAGCAUGAACAUGAUGGGCGGCGGCGGCGGCCCGAACCAGGGCCAGGGCGGCCAGGGCCCGAUGCCCAUGCAGCAGGGCCCCGGGCAGGGGCCGGGGGGCGUGCCGAUGGUUAUGCAGGGGCCUGGGAUGGGGCAGCCGGGCAUGCGGGGGGCGCAGGGGCGGCGGCCGGCGAUGUUUGGAAGGGGGAGGGGGUCGGGUGGGCAGCCGCCUUGGGAGGUCGUGACCCUGAAUGGGCCGCCGCAGGACAGGCCAUGGCAGAUGCAGGGCGGGGGCGGGUUCGAUCUUGGCCGUUGAGGCCUGUGGGCUCGUUGUGUCUUGUACUUUGUUUCGCUUUCGAGGAUGUUUAUAUAUUCGC